AUGGCUAGUGUUCAAGAUAUCUCUGUUUCAGCUUCUAUCAAUCUCCUAUCUGCAUUGGCAUUUCUUUUGGCCUUUGCAUUUUUACGGCUUCAACCGUUCAAUGAUAGAGUGUACUUUCCAAAAUGGUAUCUGAAGGGUAUAAGAGCAAGUCCCAGGAGUUCUGGGCCUUCAGUGAGGAAAUUUGUCAAUUUGGACUUCAGAACCUAUUUGAAAUUCUGGAAUUGGAUGCCUGCAGCAUUAAGAAUGCCAGAACCAGAGCUCAUAGAUCAUGCAGGGCUUGAUUCUGCUGUGUACAUUAGGAUUUACCUUCUAGGGUUGAAAAUCUUUGUCCCUAUAGCUAUACUUGCUUUUGCGGUAUUGGUGCCUGUCAAUUGGACUGGGAAAACAUUGGACAACAUCAAGGAUUUAACAUACAGUGAUAUCGAUAAGCUUUCAAUAUCUAAUGUUCCUUCAGGAUCAAAAAGGUUUUGGGCGCAUAUAGUAAUGGCAUAUGUAUUCACAUUUUGGACAUGCUACAUCCUUUACAAAGAAUACAAAAUCGUUUCCACUAAGAGGUUGCAUUUUCUAGCUUCUGUUAACCGAAGGCCAGAUCAAUACUCUGUUCUAGUGAGAAAUGUUCCUCCUGAUCCAGAUGAAUCAGUUAGUGAGCAUGUUGAACAUUUCUUUUGCGUAAAUCAUCCUGAUCAUUAUCUUACACAUCAGAUUGUAUAUAAUGCAAACAAGCUUGCUAAAUUGGUGGAGGAGAAGAAGAGUUUGCAAAAUUGGUAUACUUAUUACCAAACACGAUAUGAGAGAAACCCUAAAAACAGACCACAGACAAAGACAGGUUUCUGGGGCCUUUGGGGAAAAACCGUGGAUGCUAUCAACUAUUAUGCUGACGAAAUUGAGAAGAUAAGUGAAGAGGAAGCUGCAGAAAGGGAAAAGGUCAUGAGUGAUCCAAAGGCCAUCAUGCCUGCAGCAUUUGUUUCUUUUAAAUCCCGAUGGGGAGCAGCUGUUUGUGCUCAAACUCAACAAACUAGUAAUCCUACUCUUUGGCUAACGGAAUGGGCUCCUGAACCGCGUGAUGUAUAUUGGGACAAUCUUGCAAUACCAUUUGUUGAACUCAAUGUCCGAAGAUUGUUAAUGGCAGUUGCUCUAUUCUUUCUCACAUUUUUUUUCAUGAUCCCAAUUGCAUUUGUACAGUCCAUAGCAAGCAUAGAUGGCAUCGAAAAAGUUCUACCAUUCCUGAAGCCAUUGAUAGAAGCGAAAGGCAUCAAGUCUAUCAUUCAAGGUUUUCUUCCUGGCAUUGCACUGAAGAUAUUUCUGAUUCUUCUCCCAACUAUUCUGAUGAUAAUGUCCAAGAUAGAAGGUUUUACAUCGCUUUCAUAUCUGGACAGAAGAUCAGCCUCAAAGUAUCAUUUGUUUAUACUUGUCAAUGUCUUUUUUGGAAGCAUCAUCACAGGAGCAGCAUUUCAGCAGCUUCAUAAAUUUGCUAAUCAGGCCCCAUCAGAGAUUCCUAAAACCGUGGGUGUUGCCAUUCCUAUGAAAGCCACUUUCUUUAUUACUUAUAUUAUGGUUGAUGGUUGGGCUGGCAUUGCAGCAGAGAUCCUUAGAUUGCUUCCAUUAGUCAUGUUCCACCUCAAGAACACAUUCUUGGUAAAAACAGAGCAGGACAGGGAGCAGGCAAUGGAUCCUGGUUCUAUUAAUUUUUCCACGUCAGAACCUCGCAUACAGCUAUAUUUCCUACUGGGACUUGUCUACGCGCCAGUCACACCUAUUCUUUUGCCUUUCAUAAUCGUCUUCUUUGCCUUUGCGUUUAUGGUUUUCCGCCAUCAGAUCAUCAAUGUGUAUGACCAAAAGUACGAAAGUGGGGCAAGAUUUUGGCCAGAUGUGCAUCGUCGUGUGAUUAUCGGUCUGAUAAUAUCACAAGUUCUACUGAUGGGAUUAUUAAGCACCAGAGAUGCUCCCAAAGCAACACCAUUGAUACUCGUACUUCCUGUCUUGACCAUCUGGUUUCAUCGAUUUUGCAAAGGGCGCUUUGAGUCUGCGUUCGUGAAAUUUCCAUUGCAGGACGCGAUGGUGAAAGAUACAUUAGAAAGGGCUACGGAGCCAAACCUAAACUUGAGAGCUUACCUCCAGGACGCUUACAUACAUCCUGUCUUCAAAGGAAUCGAGUUUGAGAGACCACCAGCUAUUGAUGAGGAGGAGAAUAAUCCACUUGUUUCUACCAAGAGAAAUUCUCGAAAAAGUAGCAAAACAGGUUCCAUUGCAUCUCCUGAUGCUGGCGUUUGA